AUGGAUAAUAGAAAUAAAUGUGUUGAGUGUGGAGGUGUUAGUUUCAGAAUUGAAGAAGGACAGUAUGUUUGCAAUGAAUGUAAUUACGUAUGUGAAAUCGUUAUAGAACAAUAUGAAGAUAAUUUUGAUCUUGAAUUUGAUGAAAUUGAAGAUGAUGAAUAUGUUGAGAAGGAUAUAUAUUAUAUUAUAAAAAAAUUAUAUAAAGAUGAACAUUUAAGUAAUAAUAUAAAGAAAUAUGUAUUUAAAGAAAAUGAUGAAUUUUUUAUAACCUAUCAAAAUGUGUUAAUAAAUUUUAUUGAAACCCUUAUUACAGCACAUAACUUUCCUAUAUUUAUAUAUGAUGAAAUAAAAAAAAUAUGGUUUUAUUUAUUAGAGAAAAAUAUAGAAAAUAUGAAUAUUUAUGUACCAUUUGGUACCUUUCAUGAUUCUUUAAAAUUUGUAUAUGAAGUUAUAACAAAUAAAAAAAUUAUUGAUACUUUCCAAAAUAUUCAAAAUGAUGAAAAUGUAUCUAAAGAAAUAAAAACUGUAAUUGAAAAAAUGAGUUUAAGUAAAAUAUCUUAUUAUUUUGAUAUACAAAAAGAUUAUAUUAAUCAUGUAAUCAAUAUGUCCUCUUUCUAUCCAAAAAAAAGUGAAAUAGGAAGACAGUAUAAUAUAAGGUUAUCUAGAUUAUAUAAAAAAACAACCUUAUUAGAUAAUGAUAAACAACAUAAAGAAAAUUUUCAUAAAUUUAAUCAACUUAUAAAAACUAUGAACAAAAAUGUAAAAGCAGAUGAUAAUAUUAAUAAUGUCAACAAAAAAAUAAAUCCAUUAUUUAUGGAACAAAACAUGAAGGAUACAUCUAAUUAUUAUUUAAAUACGAUUGAUAAUGAUAUAAAUAAUAUAUCACAAGGAACAGAACAUCUUUUAAGUUUUAAUUCUUUUGAGGAUCCAAAGCAAGAUGAUUAUACAAAUAAUGUAAUAUCAUAUGACCAUGAUAUUCAAGAGAAUAAUAAUAUAAAUGAAAAUAAUAAUAAUAUAAGUGAACAUAAUAAUAAUAUAAAUGAACAUAAUAAUAACAAUGUGUUUACAACUAAUGAUAAUCCUUAUAAUAAUAAUUUAUUAAAUGAUGAAAAGACUUCUAAAUAUAAUGAUAAUGAUCUAGAUUGUGAACGUAUAUAUCAUUUUUAUUCAAAAUAUUUUAUCAAUAAAAUUUUAUAUGCACGUAAUUUGUCCAAACCUAUUGAUAGAUAUAUGACUAGCUACUUUAUGAAUAGAUCGACUAAUUAUAAUGAAGUCUUAUGGUUAAUCUAUGAACACGAUUUCUUGUAUUAUUUUCGAGAAGAGUUAAAUAAAAAAUGUGAUAUCCAAUUUUUAUCAUUUUAUGAUAUACUAAAAACAUUUAAAGGGGAAUAUGAUUAUUUAAUAUACAAAGCAAUUGAAAAAGAAGAAAAAAAAAAAAUAAAAAAAAAAAAUAAAAAAAAAAAUAGUACUUACCAGAAUGUUACAUUAAUACAUAAUGGUAAUGAAGAGGGAAAUACAAACCAAGUGGAUAAUUUCAAUUAUGAUAAUAAUUAUCUUAAAUUGAAAUGUGAACAAAAUGAUAAUAAUCAAACAGUGGACUAUAAUAAUAAACCAUAUGAUCAUAAUUUGCAUGAUGAUUUAAUGAAUAUAAAAAUGAAACAAGAACAAAAAAAUAGUAAUAAUAAUAAUAAUAAUAAUAUAAAUAAUAUCGAUGAAGAGAUAGAAUAUAAAGCAUUUGAUUUAACUAAACAUGCAGAUUAUAUUAAAAAUAUUAGAGAACUGGAAUAUAAGGAUUAUAUGAAUACUGAUGAAUAUAAUAAAAGCAAUGUGAACCUUUAUGUAGAAAAAAAUAAAGGUAAUGAAGCACAAAAUAUUAUAUCUCUUGAUAAUAAAGAAGAUGUUUUAAAAAAUAUAUUAGAUAAUUAUAAAAAGUAUAUGCAGAUAAAAAGAAAUAUGAGUAAUGAAAAAGGGGUAACAAACAAUUUUGUACUACCUAUAAAUUCAUCUUCUGAUGGGGAAAGAAUGAGACACUCAAUUGUAUCAGAUAUUUCUAGUUUAAAUAUAAAUGAUUUAGCAUCUCAAGAUAAGAUAGAAAUGAUUUUGGAGAGUUUAAAUGGUAUGGAUAAUAGUAUGAAUGAUGAUAAUAUAAGUCAUGUUGAUAAUAUAAGCCAUGUUGAUAAUACAAAUAAUUAUGAUAUAAAUAUUAAUCAUUCUUUAUAUAAUGAAGAUAAUUCAGAAUACAAAAAGGAAUAUAAUAUUGAACACAAUGAAGAUUAUCUUGAACUAAAUAAUUUAACAUAUAAUGAACAUAUAUUGAGCGAUAAAGAUAUGGAUAAUUAUGAAAAAUUACCCAACAGUAAUAUUGAAGAAGAGAUAAAUAUAUGCACUGAUGAUAUAAACAAUAAGAAGCCUGUGUUGAAUAAAAUAGAUUUUGAUAAUAAUAUAUAUAAAAAAUUAGAAUAUGUAAAUAAAUUAAAAAAAUUGAAAAAGUGGAAAAUUGAGAAAGAUUAUUAUUAUAAUGGUUUAAAAACUAAAAAGGAGAAAUUUACGAGAAUUUGUAAAUUUGUUGAAGAAUGUAUGAGAUUAGAGAAACCCCAAGAUGACCCUUUUUUCACAUCAUCUUAUAAAGAAAAUAUAUAUAUAGAAAAUAAAUAUUUAAUGGAUUCAUUUAUAUUUGAUAAUAUAUAUAAAAAAGUAUUAUAUAUAUCAGAUAAAAAACGAUAUCGAACAUUAACCAUUAAACAUAUAUAUAAAGAAUAUAUAAAUUAUUUUUUACCACGUUAUAAAGCAUUGUUAAUUGAUUAUGAAAAUUGUAAAUUUUAUUAUAAUUUUUCAUUCGAUUUAUUAUUUUAUAUAAUUUUUUAUUGUUUUAAAAGAUUAAAUAUAUAUUGUUUGCCACAUCAUAUUAAAAAUUAUAUUAAUGCGGAUAAUUUUGGUUUAUAUAAAAUUUUUUAUAAUAUUUCUGAAUCAUUUUUCAAGCAGUUUAAAGAUAAUGGGGUGAUUUCGUUUCCUCUAAGAAAUCCACAUUUUUCUGAGAUAAAAAAGUUUUAUUUUAUUAGAAAUUUAAAGCAUGGUACACCUUUCAUAUGUAUUCAUAAUUAUGAGCAUAUUAAUAAGUAUUACAUAGAAAAAAAAAUGGAUAAAAUAUAUGACGAUGAAGAUGAUAAUUAUAAUGAUGAAAAUAAUGAUAAUGAUGAUUAUAAUAAAGAUGAUUAUAAUGAUAAUGAAGAUGAUUAUAUUGAUAAUGAUAAUAAUAAUAAUAAUAAUGAUGAUGAUGAUGUCCAUGGUGAAGUAAGAAAAAAAGAUAUUUUAUACGAAGUUAUAUUUUCAAAAAAAUUGAAAAAAUUUCCCUUUUCAAUUAAGACGAUUAAUUCUAUGUUAAAUAAAGAAACAAUGAAAUAUUUAGAAAAUUUUAAUUGUAUAUUGGUAAAUAAUUUAUAUUCAUUAAUAAAUGAUUUAAUAUAUAAAUUUCAACUUCCAAUUGCUAUACAAAUGUAUGCUAUAAAAAUAUUGAAUAUUGUCUUAUUUAAAUAUCGUUUUUCUAAAUUUCUUCUUAAUGUAUAUACUAAUAAAUAUGAUGACAUGCAUAUAGAAUUUAAUAAUUUUUAUAAUUAUGAGAAAAUUUAUAAAGACUGUUUUAAAUGUUUGGGUGCAAAGCAUAAGGCUAUAUCAUUAAUUAAUCCUAUAAAUAAAUAUAUUUUAUUUUUAAUGAAAAAAGAAUAUUAUAUUAAAAAAUUUUAUAUAAUAAAUAAGAAAUAUUUUAUGUCAGAUAAUAUAACUGUUAAUUAUAAAAUAUAUAAUAAAAUUAAUUAUUUUUAUAAACAGAAAUUUUAUUAUACAUUUUAUAAUAUUUCUUCAUCUAUUUGUUUCUCAAGAAAUCAUUUUUAUAAUUUAGCAACAGGCUGUGUUCUAAUAGCAUGUAAACUAUAUUAUCCUAUGUUUACAAAUGAUUUCUUUUGUUAUGAAAAUAUGUUUAUUAAAAAUAAUUUUGAAAGUUUCCAUUUGAAUAACCAUUAUUCAUGUCAUCUUCAAGAUGGUACAAAUAUGUUUAAUGUACAUUUUAAGGAACCACAGACAUUUUCUUUUUCUUCAAAAAAUAAAAAAAAAAAAAAAGAAAUUGAAAAAAAUAAUAAAGCAAAGAAAAUCAAGAAAAAGAAAAAUACUCCUAUUACUAAAAAAAAUGUUGAUUCAUCACAAGGUAUAUACGAUAGUGAUCAUAUUGUGAAAAAGAAAAUUAAAAAAUUGGUAAAAAGACAAAAAAAAAAAAAAGAAAAAUCAAAAAAUACAAAUAUGAAAACAGUAGUAAAAAGAAAAAUAUCAUAUAUAAUAGAUGAGGAGGAACAUCUACAAAAACGCUUCAAAAUAUCAAAUUUAAAUGAUACAGACAAUAAUAUUUGCGAUAACAAUGUAUAUGUUAAUCAAAAUAUAACAAAUGGAAAUUAUAUAUAUGAUCAAUUGAAUAGUAUUAAUAUGGUCGAAAAUAUAAAUUAUUCAUAUGCUAGUGAAAAUAUGAAUGAGGGAGAAAUCCAAACUGUAGAACAUUAUAAUAAUGAUAUAUUAAAUGUUGUUGAUGAAAAUACAAAUACAUAUACAAAUACAAAUAUGUAUGAUUAUUAUGAAGAGAUGUUAAAAGAAGCUACAGAAGAUAACAAAUUAUUAAAAUAUAUAAAUAAAAAUUCCAAAUAUUAUCAUGAGAAUUUAUUGGAGGACUUUUUAUUUAACGAUUCAUGUGAUAAUAAAAUAUGUGAUACCUUAAUUUGUUUUGAUUCUGAUAAAGAAAAUAUAAAAGGUUUAUUAGAAAAACAAAACAAAAAUAAGAAUAAUAGUAUAUGGGAUAAUAAAAUAAAUAAAUUUUCUCAUAUAUAUUUUGAAUCAUCAAAAGAAAAGUAUACUUAUUAUUUUGUUCCAAUUCCUACUAUUUUCACUUUAUUUUCUCAAUGCAAAAAAUAUUCCUCCCUUGAUUUUUUGAAAAAAGAUUUUGAGAGAUAUCGGAAUAAUGGGCUUAUAUCAUCAUAUAAAGAUGAAGAGGAGCUUUUUGAGAAUUUGAUAUAUCACAAGGGAGAUAUGGAGAAAAUAUAUAAUGAAGAUAAAGAAAAUAAAGAAAAUAAUGAAGAUAAAGAAAAUAAUAAAGAUAAAGAAAAUAAUGAAAAUAAAGAAAAUAAAGAAAAUAACAAAAAUAACGAAAAUAACGAAAAUAACGAAAAUGACGAAAAUGACGAAAAUAAUAAUGACAAAAAAAAUAAUGUGGAAAAAAAAAAAAUCCUCGAAUCGAUCAAAAGAGUAAGAAUAAUUUUAUCGGAUUCUAUUUUAAAGGAUAUCCAAAUUAAUGAAAAUAACAGGAAGUUUAUAAGUAUUAAACCGAACGAAUAUUGUUGCAUGGAUUUAUUAUUUAAUACCAGUGAAAUAGGUAUUAAUAAAAAUGUUGAUAUGGAAAUAUAUAAAUAUAUAAAUGAACUUAAAAAUAUUAUGAAAGUAAAUUAUAAUAUAUCUUAUUAUCCUCAUAAUUUAAAUUAUUUUAACUGGAAUUUGAAUUAUUUGUCAUUAUGUAAUAUAAUUCAUAGAAUUAAAGAGGUAGGUAAUUCAUCGGGGUUGGAACAUUAUUUUGAGUGUAAUUCAAAUAUAAAAAAUAAAGAACAAAAGAAUAUAAGAGGGAAUAUUUAUAGCAAUGUAUUUUUAUAUAAUAUGGAAAAAUAUAAAUCUAAAUAUAUACUAAGACAUUUAUAUCAAAGAGAUAAUAUUUAUUAUUAUAAAACAAAUAAUGGUUUAAAUGAAAAAAAAGAAAUUAAUUUAACAAAUAAAGAAAACGAUGUAUUAUACAAUGAUAAUUCAAAUAAUAAAAAAGAAAGCAACGUAUGUGAAAAUGAAGAUAUUUUAGAAAAACAGAAAAUAUUAUAUAAAAAAAAGUUUAUGAAUUUUGAUUAUAAUCUUCUUACCGAAUUUAUAAAUAUAAAUGAAGAUUAUCAUGAAGCUAAAGAAUAUUAUAAAUUUCUAAACAAUCAUAAUAAAUAUAAUAAUAAUAAAUAUAAUAAUAAUAAAUAUAAUAGUAAUAAAUAUAACAAUAAUGAAUAUAAUAGUAAUAAAUAUAAUAAUAAUAUUAAUAGUAAUAUUUUAGAAGAUAGUGAAAAUGAAGAAAUUUAUGAAAAGAAUGAAUCCACAAAAAUUAAACUAGUACAUUUAAUUUAUUCAAAAAAAUACGAAGAGGAAUACUUUAAAUAUAUUUUAUAUGAAUAUUAUAUAUUAAUUCAAUGUUUUCAUCAUUUUGAACAUUUAGCAGAUAUGCUAAAAUAUUUGAUGAAUUAUACUUGGAAUAUAUAUCAAAUAUUAUUUUUAUAUUAUCAAUUAAAACAUGAUAUAUAUAUUUAUUUGAAAUGUUUGAAACAAUUAUUAAAUAUGUUUGAAUAUUUUUUUGUUAUAAUAAAUAAGAGAGAUCAUAUAGAUUCAAGACAUUUUUCUUGUUUUUAUCGAAAUAAAUAUAUAAAGAAAAAAAAACACAUUAUAUAUAAAAUCAAAAUUUUUUAUCUUAUGUUGCUAAUGUUUAGUACUAUAUAUCGAGCAAAAUAUAAAGCAAAUUGUUGUAACAUUGAAGCAUGUAGAUGUAUCAUGUAUAAAGAUACCAUAAUUUUUCAUCGUAAGAAUGUUUUCAAAGUUCCUUCUAAUAAAAAUUUAGUAGAAAUGCAAUAUCAUUUAAAUUAUAUUAUCAAGUUUGGAUAUAAAUAUUUAAAACAUGUAUUAGAAAAUAUUUUCCAUAUAAAUAAUAUUAAAACAAAGAUAAAUAUAAAAAUGAAUGAUUUAUUUAAUACUAUUAUUAAUAUAAUUAAAAUGUCUUAUCAUCAAAGUGAUUAUAUACAUAGUUAUAUAUUUUCAUAUGCAAAAAAUAUGAUGUUCCACAUUGUAGUAUUGAAUGUUUCUUUUUUUCUUAUCAAUUUUGAAAGUACUGUAAAAUUAAUUCAAAAUAAAUAUUACAAUUAUCUAGAUAAUUAUUUUAAAAAUUUUUACAUUAUGGAUGAGAAUAAUCUGUCUAAUAAUGUAAUGGUUUUAUAUGUCAAGAGAAAUACAAAAGUAAAUGAUGUAAGUAAUAUAAAUGUCAAUAUAAGUGAAACAAUAAAUGUAUACAGACAUAUAAAUCCAAUACAUAGUAAUAUUAAUUUUCAUGAGAAUAAUAUUUUCUCUUUGCUUACAUGCUAUGUACAUAUCCUUUUUCAUUUAAAUAAAACAAAAACUAUUGAAUCAUAUGUAUUCAAUUAUUUCAAAAACUCAGCUAAUAUUUUAAUGAAAAAUAUAAAAACUCACUACUUUUUAUAUGAACAAAAAUAUAAUAUUAUUGAAGAUUUUAUAAAUCAAAUUUAUAAGGGUAAUUAUGAAUUUACUGAUAAUACCAUAAUAUGUAGAAUAUUAAAUUGUGAUCGUAUAAUAAAUAUGAAAAAAAAAUAUAUAUCAAAAGAUACAAACCAAACCAACCAAUUAUACUAUAUAAAUAAUUCAAGUAUAAAUAAGUAUACAUAUAAUAUAUCACCAAAAUUAAUUAUACAUUUUAUAGCCAAUUUUUUCAAAUAUUAUAUGAUAUUUAAAAAUGUAAUAAAGGAUCCAAACUGUUUAUUUGUUUUAUAUUAUUGGAAAUGGAUCACACAUAUGAUUCAUAAAAAUUCUGAUUACGUAAAUACAGUUUUUAUAAAUCAUAAUUUAGCAAAGGGAAUAUAUCAAAAGUUUUUUAAAUAUUCAUUAAAAAAUAGAAAAGAGAACAACAAAUAUUAUCCUAUCAAAGGGGGGUGGGAAAAAAAAAAAAAAAAAAAAAAAAUCAAAAUUGUUAAUUAUUAUGAAUUUUUUAGAAACAUAUUAAGUAUGGAGAAUAGUAUGUUCCUAUUUGAUAAUAAAAUGGUUAUGUGUAAAGAGGAUCAGAAAAAAAAAAAAAAAUAUAUACAAAGUAAUGCACAUAUUAUUGAAGAAAAAGGAAGGAAUAAAGGUUAUCCUAGAAACAUACCAAAAAGAUCUUCAUUUUAUCAUCAUCUUGUAAAGUUACAAAAUUUAUUUUAUAGUGAUAAAGAAAAAUACAAAGUAAAUAUAUUUCAUAUAUAUAAAUAUUUUAUGAGAUGGAUAAAAAAUACCAAAAAUAUAAUAAAAACUAAUGAGUUUGAUUUUAAUAAAAUGAUUAUCUUUAAUUUGUAUGAUGAAAUAUUUAUGAAAAGGAGAGAUAGCAUAUUAUAUAAUGAACCACAUAGCUAUGAACAACAAUGUGGAUAUAUGAAAAAAAAGAAAGUUAAAACAUAUAAAAAUAUUCGAAGAUAUUUUAAAUCAUUUUUAUAUUCCAUAAUGAUAGAUAAUGUAGUGAAACAAAAUAAUCAGUUUUUUUUGAUAAAGAACAUAAAUAAUAUAUUUGAUAGAAUGGACCAAACUAUAGCAAAUUCAAAUCUAAACGUACAGAAUGAUAAUAUAAAGAAAAAAUCAAAGAAGGAAAAAAAAAAAAAAAUAGUAAAUGACAAUAAUAAUAUAAAUAAUAUUUAUCUUUAUAAUAAAACAAAAGGACGUUAUGUAAAAAAAAUGUAUUUAAGACCACAUGCCAUAGAAGAAAUAAAUAUGCAAAAUACUAAACUGAACAUAUUUAAUAGAAGUUGUUUAAAAAAAAAUAUAUUAGGAUAUAACAUAUUAAGAUAUUAUAAAAUAAACAAAAUUAAAUAUAUGAAAAAGAAGAAUCAUCAUAUAGAUACAAACAAUAUGAAUUAUAAUAUUACAUAUAAUGAAGAUCCAAUUUUUGAUUUAAUGAUAGGCAAAAAUACAAAAUUAAGUACUGUUCGUUAUUUGAUGGAACCAUUAGAUUGCGUAAAUAUAUGUGAUAAUAUAAAAAUUUAUGCAAAUUUACAUAGUCUUUUUUCACAUUUACCUUUUAAUUAUAGAAUAUAUAAAUAUAUUGUUAAAAGAAUGUUAAAAGUAAAAAACGCACAGAAAUCUAUAAACAAAAAAAUGAAAGCAAAUACUUAUUCUAAUAAUAAUAGAAAAAAUGAUGUUAUUACAAAUGAUGAGCAUGGAAAUGUUGAUGUUCUUGCUCCUUAUGAAGAUCAAAAUGUAAAUAAUAUGAAUGUUGAUAUAGAAUAUGAUGAUAAUAAUAAUAAAAUAAAAAAUAAUGAUGAAAUUUAUGAUGAAUAUAUUUAUUUAUCUACAGAUGAUGAUUUUUACAAAAGUGAUACUAUAUAUUCCCUUAAAUUAAAACAUUUAAAAAGUUAUAAUCGUUUUAAAAAAACUAUGAAACAAAACAUAAAUGAUUUAUACAUUGCAACUAAAGAAGAACCAUAUUGUCAUAUAAACAAAUGUACUUCUUCUUUAAAAUCCAAUAAUAAUAAUAUCCCCUUAUUUCAUGAUACUUAUAAAUUAUAUAUAGAUAUAUUUCAUAAAGAACAUAUAUUUAUUUAUAAUAAUAUGAAUAAUUAUUUGUCUAAAUGUUCAAAUUAUAAUAUGUUUGAAUGGAAUAACAAUUUAGAUAUAUAUGAUCCAUACUUAUUUAUUAACAAUAGGUGUUAUCCCUUCGGAUUACAUAAGAAGGAAAAGAAUAAAUUAAAUUAUGCGAAAUAUAAUAAAAAAUAUAAUAAAAAAUAUAAUCAGAUGAAUCAUGAUUAUGAUAUAUAUAAUAAAAAUAUAUGUAAGUUAAAUAAUAAUACAUUUUAUAAGGAUUCAGAACCAAAUGAAAAUAACAAUAGAUCAUUUAAUAUAUAUAAAAGUAAAAAAAUAUCAGAUGUACACAUCUGUAUAUAUAAUGACUCUUCCUAUUUUAAUAUUAAUAAUAUGAGUAUAAAAUCCGAAAUACAUAAGACCAACAAAUAUGAAGAAUAUUAUAUAAAUUAUAAUUUUAAUAGAAAUGCACAUUUUGAAUUUCAUUCAAGUAUUAAUGGAUUUAUAUUAAGACUGAAAAAUGAAUAUAUAAAAAGAAAGAAUAAAAAUUUAUAUAAUAUAAUAAAGGAGAAAAAAAAUGACAUAUAUAAAAUUGAAUAUAUUCAAAAUGUUAUAUUUACAACUAAAUAUACUUAUUUUAUUUUCUCGUGUUUUGUAUAUCCACUUAUACAAAUCAUAAGAGUCAUUUAUUUAUUUGCAUUAAAAUAUUUUCCUACCUUAUUUCUUAAAACAAUUAAUUAUUUAAAUUAUAUUAAAGUGGAUGAAAAUCUUUUGCAAUUUUUAUAUGCAGAUGAUAUUGAAGUGUUAGAUUCAAUAUUUCAUAAAUGUUCAUUAUCAAAAUGUUUUAGAUCAAUAUUUCAUUUUUUAAGAUUUCAAGGAUAUCAUAUAAAUCCUUUUUCCUUUUUAGGUAGUAUAUGUUAUAUUAAAGAUAUAAAAAUCAUUUGUCAUUUUUUUAAAUUAUAUACAUCACAUUCUAUCAACACCUUACAUAAUGUCAUAUCUUUAGAUAAUCCAAGACAAGAAAUAGAAAUUUUCAACCUAGAAAGAUAUAUAAACAGAGAAAAUGUUUAUAUGAAAGAAGAUCUUCAUAAUAAAAAUAAUAAAUAUAACGAAUUCUCAGAAAAUAAUUUAGAAAAAGGAACAGACCUAAAAAAAAAUGGUAAUUUAAUAAAAAAAUAUAAAAGUAUAUCAUCUCACUGGGAUGCAAUUAAUAUAUUUAAUAAUAAUGUCCUAGUUGUAAAUUUUGAGGAUGAAAAAAAUAAUAAUAUAGAAAAUAUAAAAAUUGCUAAUCUUUUUAAUACUGAUAAUAGUUCUAUGAAUCAAAUGGAGGAACAGGAUUAUAAAAACAAAAAUAAUAAAAAAAAUAAUAAUAAAAAAAAAAACAAUAAUAAAAAAAACAAUAAAAAUAAUAAUAAUAUUAAUAAUAAUAGUAACACUGAUGUUCAGAUGGAUGAAAGUUUAAAUACCAUUUUUGAUGAAAAUAUCGAUUAUUUUAUGGAUGUAAAUACAAACAAUCUUAAUAAUGAUUCACAAGAUGAUACUUUGAAUAAACAUUUAAUGAUAAUUAAUAAAUUUGAAAAGAACAUACAAAAAUGUGAGAAUUCUGAUAUAAUCAAUAUUCAUAAUUUUUUUAAAAAUAUAUAUAAAGAUAAAAAAAAUAAUAUUAAAAAUACUUCAAAAAGUGUAUUUAAUGAUAAUAAUUAUGAAUUGGGAAAAGAAAUAAAAACACCGAAAACAUUUUAUUAUUCAAAAAUGUGUACUACUUCUUUCGUUCCUUUUAUUGAGAAAAAGAAGAAAAAUGACGAAAAUAAAAAAAAACAUAUCCCUUCAUCAUAUGAUAUGAAUAAAACAUUGAGGAAAUAUGAUGAUAAAGAUAAAUGUUUAGAACAACACCAAUACGUUAUGGCAAUUAAUGAAACAGAUGGAAUUAUUGCGGUACAAAAAUUAAAAAAAAAAUUGAAUAACAUAUCCAAUAAAAAAGAAAAUGAAAAGAACAAAAAGAAUAAUAAGGACAAUGAAGCCAUAUGCAAUGAUCAAAUUAAUGUAAAUGAGAACCAAGUAGAUAUUUCUAAUAAUUAUAUGAUAGAAAAGUGUAACAAUCAAGAUGUAAAUUUACCAGGGGAAUAUAUUGAGAGUGGAUCUAUAAUGAAUAGCAAUACAUGUACUAACGAUAAAAAUGUGUAUAGUGUUGAUAAUACAAGUAUUAAUAUGAGUAGGGUAAAUUUAAGUUUUUCGGAAAGUAAUAUUGGUGUGUUUGAAUCAGAAUUGGGAGAACUAAAUAGAAAUAAUUCAUAUGGUGAUAAUAAUAUUUAUGGUGGUAAUAAUUCUUAUGGUGAUAGUAAUAUUUAUGGUGGUAAUAAUUCUUAUGGUGACAGUAAUAUUUAUGGUGGUAAUAAUUCUUAUGGUGACAGUAAUAUUUAUGGUGGUAAUAAUUCUUAUGGUGAUAAUAAUUCUUAUGGUGAUAAUAAUUCUUAUGGUGACAAGUUCAAGGGUAAAGGUCAUGGGGGAAAUAAAAAUGAAAAUAUAGAUAUAUUAUAUUAUAAAUGUUUUAAAGAAAAUUCACAUGAAGAAAAACUAAAACACUUUUCAAAACCAUCUGAAACAAUAAAUUUAUAUAAUAUUAUCAUGAAAUUUUUAAACGAAAAAAUAAUGUUACAUAGUGAUUCAAUAACAUAUGAAAAAUAUCGUAAAAAAAAUUCAAUAGAAUUUAACCAUAUUGUAUAUAGAGAAUUUACCUUACAUACAAACUAUUAUUCGGAAGCUUAUAAUAAAAAUGUUUUAAAUGAUUUUAUAUAUUUUUUUUAUAGUAAUAAUUUUAAAAAUAAUUAUUUACAAAAAGGUCAAAAUGAUAAAGACAAGAAAAAAAAUGUAAUAAAAAUGAAAGAAACAGAAAAGAAAAAAAAUAAAGGAGAUGAUGAUAUUAAUAUUAGUGAUAUGAAAAAUAAUAAGGAAAAUAUAAAAUCAUCAUAUAUUUUCAAUGAAAAUGAAGAAUUAGAACAAAAUCAUUUAUUAUUUAAUUUACCAGAUGUGGAAAAAGAAACUAUUAUGUUUCAAGAUAAAAGUGAUAUAUCUAGCCAAUAUAAUGAAAUAAUGAAUAUACAAGAACCUAUAAUAAAUACCCCAUCUGAUCACGAUAUUUCUAUGCUCAACGAUGUAUCUUUAUUAGAUAAUACUAAUGAUAUGGAACAUUCAUAUAUUUCAUCAGAUUAUUACGACAGUAGUGAUAUAAGUGAUGACGAGACAAAUGAUGAUGGAUAUAUAAAUUGUUCUUUUUAUUUGCAUAAACCAGUAUAUGUUUUUGAUGAAGAAAAGGACCAAGAAGAGAUGGAACAAAAAAUGAAAAAUUAUAAUUUUAAAAAUAGUCGUAAGAGGAAUAUGUUUAAUCACCCAAGAACAAAUGAGGAACAUAAUAUGAAUUAUAAUAACUCCUACAUUAUUAAUAAUAAGAAAAAAAAUCCAUAUAUUUAUUCAACAAAUCAUUAUAAAAAACUUAAGAGAGUAUUUAAAAAAUUAAUAAAAAAAAUAGAAUAUGAUAUGAAUAUCAAAAAACGAUGCUGCAAUUUAUAUGACAAAAAUCAUAAAUUCUUAAGGAGAGAUUAUAAGUGUUCAAAACAUAAAAAUGAAUGGGUAUAUUUUAUGAAACAAUAUGUAAAUAAAAAAGAAAAUACAAAUAAUUUAUUUAAAGGAGAUAAUAUCAUAAUUAAUAGUGUGUACAAUCAAAUAUAUACAUAUGAUAAUGAGGUAAAAAAUAUUAUAAGAAUAUAUAAGAAGCAAAAAAUGUUCCUAAAAAAUAUGAAACAAAAAUCUUUUUCUAAAAAAUAUAAAAAUGAAUAUCCAUGGAUAGGUGAUAAUAUUUUUAUCUCACCAAACAAUGUUAAUAAGUUUAUUUUGGGAGGAUACAGCUUUGUUUUAUUUCAUCAAAAUAUGUCUUAUUUAAAAAAUUUUAAUUAUCAUUCAGCAAGUCCUUAUUUCCCCUUAAAUUUUAUAAACAAUUCAAAGCAUUUAGAUACAUUGAGUGUCAUGUUGUGUUUGCUGAUAAAAGUUUUUGGUUUGUAUUUGGAUUCCUCAUCGUAUGAUUUAAUAUUGGCAUGUAGAGAAAUUGAAAAAUUGCUCAAAAUAUUUGUGUAA